AGUGCUGAAUAUGUGUUUAUACAAGGUGAUACAGGGAAAUCAGCAGAGCAGCAAAGGCUAAUUGAAGCAAAAAAAAAAAAAAAAACAACUUUGUAGAUAUUUCAAAUGAAGAAAGAGAAGGAAGUGAGUAGACGUACCUGAGAGCUACCUACCGGUACAGAAUCUGUAACAUAUUUAACAGCAGUACAGAGCACUGCAAUGGGACGAUCAUAUUCUUGCAUCCGACCAGAAGAAGGCAUAGAACCUACAGAAGUUUCACAUUUUCGUGGGCUGAGCAACCUUGGGUGUACUUGCUAUCUGAAUACCUUGCUACAAGUUUUGUUUAUGAUUGAAGACUUCAAAAAAGCAGUGCUUAACUACAAAAGUACUGCAAGUGAUCCCACGAAAGACAUCAUUUGGCAACUUAACAGACUUUUCGAACAACUACAAGAAAACACUCUCACUGCUGCCAAUCCCACAGAAGUUGUACAAUGUCUUGGAAUUAAAGAUGUAUGGGAACAACAUGACCUUGGUGAAUAUUUUCUAGUGCUGAUGAACCAAAUUGCAAGAACUGUACCUCAAAGUCAAGUAUUUUUAGAGCUAUUCCACACUACACAGGUCCGUACACUGAAAUGCACACAAUGUAAAUUAAAAGAAGACAAACAAGAAGAAGAAGAAGAAGAAGAUGAAGAUGAAGAAAGGAUUCGUGUUCUAGAAAUUCCUGUGCCACUAAUGACACCUGAAAAGAAACCAUUCAAAACAGUGGAUGAUGCUCUGUCAGAGAUAUUCCGUCAUGAAAUACUAACAAAUGAUAACCAGAUCUACUGUGACUCAUGUGACGAGAAAUGUGAUGCAGAAAUGCAAUAUUACUUUGAAACCUUACCAAAUAUUUUGGUCCUUCAGCUGAAGAAAUGUGGUUCACUUACCUCUUUUCAAAACAUUUCACUCCCUUCAACAUUGUGCUUUUCAAAGACAGAUAGUGAAAAGGACCAAUGGCAUUUACAGUCUAAUUCUGGAAAAACUAAAGGAGAACUAAAUGAAAAAAAGGAAAUUACUGAAUAUGACUUAUUUGUAAUCUGUCGUCGUAUGGGAGGAAGCAAAAGUGGCCAUUAUUUCGCAGAUAUAAAAUCAAAUGAUCAGUGGUAUUGCUUCAAUGAUGCAUGCGUUACACAGAUAAACACUCCCAGAGACAUCCAAGAAAAAAGAUCUUGGCCUGACAUAUAUAGAUUUGGCAUACUGGAAAAUCAUCUCAGUCCUCCUGCUUAUCUGCUGAUGUACCACAAGAAAGAUAAACCCAGAAAUAGAGGUCUGCAACCAGAUUGUGCUAAAGAGAGUCUAAAAAAACACAACACACAAUCAGAUUGUGAGAAAAAUAAACUCCAAAACAAAGCAAAUUAUGAACAAGAAUAUCGAAAGAGAAGAAGAAAGAGACCACAUAAAGACUCAUGUUUACCUGAGCAACAAGAUCAUAUAAAGAAACGGAAAAGAGAAGAAGAAAACCCUCCAAAAAGCAAAGACGUAGAGAGUAUAAUAAAUUCUGAUGAAGAAAAUCAGACCUGCAAAAUAAGUGAUAAAGAAAAACAAAAACUGAUAGUUGUACAAACAAGAUCACAAGAGCACAAAAGACUGCAGAUAAUUCCAGCUGAUUUAAUGCAAAGGAAUUCAAAAACAAAUACCAGCCAUCUGUGGAGGAAGCCACGUGCUGUGAUGCAAACAACUUCCCUAGACCGACAGACCCAGCAUGAGAGGAAGACGCAGCAAAGGAAUUCAAAAACAAAUAACAGCCAUCAGUUGAUAACAGAACGAAAGCCAUGUGCUGGGAUGCGAACAACUUCUGUAGACCGACACACCCAGCAUGAGAGGCAGAUGCAGGCAGUUGAUCGAGAAAUGACAAGGAGUCAGUUGAGGACAAAACCCCACAGCCUACCCACUGAUUUGCCAACGCCAUCAUUACAAGAACAAAGCCAGAAAGAGAAAACAGAAGAGUACAGUUUGUUGCUCAAUGAAAAGAAUAUCAGUUCAGAAAUGACAAGGAGGCAGUCAAGGACAAAAGAACACACACUGCAUACUCAUUUCUCAAGGCAUUCAUUACAGGAACAAAACCAGAAAGAGAAAACAGAACGGAAUAUCAAUUCGGAACUGACAAGGGGGUGGUCAAGGACAAAAGAACACACAUUGCAUAUUCAUUUGCCAAGACCUUCAUUACAGGAACAAAACCAGAAAGAGAAAAUGGAACAGAAAACUCAUUUAGAAAGAAAGAAAGAUCACAUCAUUAUAGAACACAAGAGUUUACUUGCUGAGUUGCGUACAACAUCAUUUGAUCAAGACCGACACUAUGACAGAAUGAAAGAGCCAAUAGUUACUGCCAUAUAUGGAGAAAAGACAAUGAACAAGCAACAUGAAACAACAGACAAUGAUCCUAAUAGCUCUCCCACUGAAUAUGAAAUCAUCAAAAAGGCAUCUAUUUCAAUUAAAGAGGGUAAUAUGGAUGAAGAACUGGAAGUGGCAAGCGAGACCAUUUCUUUUUAUCAAUAUUUCUUCUGUUGUGAUUGGAUCAGCCAAAUGACUAAAAGAAAAGAAAGAAAACAACAUUCAACCUUUUAUUAGGCAUGUAUAUGACUGAUUAUAUUCCAAGUACUACAUCAUGCAUAGAGUUCAGUAAUAUAAUGUGUGUUCAUUAUGUAACCUUGUAAAUAUCUAGAUUUUUAGUUCUAGAUGGUAUAUUUAUUUAUGAACUCCAUUGAAAUCAUUCUAAUAACUGUCAAUAAACUUUGUGAUACUGCAAAAGUAAAAUAAAAAUACUUACUGGAACUGAA